ACGUACACAUUUCCAUUCCCAAUCAAGGCAGAGUCCGAUUAAUACAUAGAUUUCCUUCCAUGUAAAUCAAAAUCAUUUUCUGUACUUCACCCUCCAAUUCAUACGGUCAGAGAGAAACCCAAGGCUCGAAGCGUUCUCUUGCUAUAUCCAAUCCCCCCCAAAAAUCCCAUUGUUCUUCCAACUAUUCUUAUUUUUCACAGAUACCCUUUUGUUUUUUUUAUCAAUUGGGUAGCCAAUUCUUGCCGAUCCAGAUUAGUCCAUGCAAGAAAUCUACCUGGUUUCUUGAGUUCAGGUAAAAUGCCGAUAACCCAUUUAUAGAUCUCUCAGAAUUAUUACUGUGACUGCUGUAUAGUGUUUCUUUUUGUCUUUUUACUUUGUAUGGUUGUUGAGAAGAUGGAGGAACAGAAAAGAAAAUGGAAUGAUUGUUGUGCUUUAUGGUUUUUUAACCACUGGAAAGUUUGUAAACCUGAAUUACUCGGAGGGAAAAAGAAGAAAGUUGAACCGGAAGUAGUGCAAGUAGUUGGUUUGCUUUGCUGAGCGAAGUUUUUAGAUUCAUAGGGCCUCGGUUGAUGAAAUUCAAUAUGAAAGUCUGAUUUUUACCCGUUUCCUAUAUUUUUUCUUGCUUUUCAAUGAAGUAUUAUUGUCACUCGACAUGAUUUUCCUUAUUUGAGUUUUUUUUUUUUUUUUUACUUCUAUCUGCAUAUCUUCUUCUUCUUUUUCUUUGGCUUUUCUUUGUCAGGCUUUGAUUUUGUGAUUGCAAGUGUUGAAGUGGAGAAAACCCAGAAAGUUUUAAGUGGGAAAGUUUGGCAUUGGUCUUUCCGACCAAUGAGAACCUUAGUAGUUCUAAAUUGGAAAUGAUCGCCGAAGAUGAUGGGGAUUGAAAGUCGGCAUUGAACUUUUUAGGAAAUGAGUCGCUCUCCUUCAUUCACAGUGAAGACAGAACUUAGUCCAAAGCUUGAUCCUGAGUCUUUGCGGCAAUGGGUUGUGGCCUUUUGCAUUAUUAGAUUUGAUCUUGAGCAGGGCCAGCUCAUUGAAGAGUGUUACCCACCUGGCUGUCUUACACAAGAUGAGGAACUUGAGAUCGCUUUUAGUUCUUUCCCAGAUUCGGUUUCCCAGCACCAGAACCGGUCAAGUAUACACGAUUGUAUCUUCUUUUUCCGGUUUCGAAGGCAGGAUGAUUCUCGACUGGUCCAUGUCUCUUCCUCCGAGAGAUCUGAGGAUGGUAAGGAGUUAUUUCCGGACAAAAGAAAUCUCAGAAGGUCCAACAAUAGCUAUAGUAAUAAAGCUUCGAGAUACAUGUAUGGUUAUGUUUUUAAUAGACAGAGACACGAUGAGAGGCUAAAGCGAGGUGGGGAACAGAAGUCUGUGGUAAUUUUGUCCCUUAGUCCUUACUCCAGUGUGUUUAGACCUCUGUUACAAAUAAUGGGUCCAUUGUAUUUUGACAUUGGAAAGAAAGCUCUUGAGCAUAUUGCUGCUUAUGUUUCAUUGUGGCCUGCUCCUGUACCCGGUAAGCUAAUGGAGCUUCCUAUAGGGAAUGCUACACUUAAAGUGAACUUGCCACCUGCACAUAGCUUGCCCUUGGAAAGUGGAAUGUCGUUUGAAGAGUCUGCUUCCUCUAUGGCUCCAUUACUUCCUAAUAAUCAGUCAGUACCCCAGGGUCUUUUCCAUGAUUCAGAUCUUUUUGGUGCAUUCCGGGGCCUUCUAUUGCAGCUUUGGGUGUUGUGGGAGUUGUUACUCAUUGGUGAACCUAUUCUUAUCAUUGCACCAACACCUCCCCAGUGUUGUGAGGCUGUUGCCAGUCUUGUGAGUUUGGUUGCACCACUACUUUAUAGUGUUGAUUUCAGGCCUUAUUUUACCAUCCAUGACCCUGAAUUUGCCCACUUGAACUCGCUUCAAGAAGGAGACACUUUUCCUCUUAUGGUUUUGGGUGUGACAAACCUCUUUUUCCUCAAGGCUCUCCGUAACAUCCCCCACAUCGUUUCAGUUGGAAGCCCUGCUCCCAGCUCAAACCGGCUUGCCCUCACAACAAGGUCUUCUACUGGCAAAAUCUCUGCUAGAUCAGAAGUAUUUGGUCUUCAACAGCUUUCCUUGAAGAAGCUUUCUCCUUCAAAUUUGUUAAGUGCUGUGAAGUUGAGAAGAGAUGGUCCUCUUUGUCUUAUGACGGAACAUAAGGAAGCCAUUUGGAGCACUUAUGCUGCAAUAACGAAGCCGGACACGUCUAUCUUGAAUAGGCUUAUAGAUGCUGGGAUGUCACCUAGGGUUGAGGAGUCAAUGUCAGUUGUUAACAAUGAGAUAUUGCGGCGGCAUUUCUUGGAGCUCACUACCAACUUUUUGGCCCCUUUUGGUCCAUAUUUUAGGACUAAGACACCUUCAGAAGGUUCUCCUCCAUUUUUUGACCCUCCCCCUCUCCCUGCAUUUAUCGCUGAUGAAUUCCUUGCAAGUUUGUCCACAAGAGGUCCAGGGAAGUUCUUAUCAAAGAGAAUGAAGUCCAACUGGCUCGAUUUAUACAGGCGUUUUCUGAAAGGACCCAAUUUCAUGCCAUGGUUUCAAAGAAGGCGUGCUGUUGCUGAACAAGAACAACAUAAACUGUGGAGACAGGCAAGGAUAAACACCGACAUACAACAGUUUAUUUCUAAAAUGUCUGAGUUGGAAAUUGUAGAUUCAUUCAAUGCUAUUGAGAGGCAUCUUCUUGGAGAAAUACAGCUGCAGCAAUCUGGAAGGGCUAGUGCAGACUCUGCAUCAACUUGCCAGAAACUGAAAGGAGACCUGCAGGCUGUUUUCUAUGUGCUUCCAAAAGACAUGCAGCAGCUUCUGCUUUUGAACCCACAAAGAGCAGCUCUCCUACAAGGAAGUUCUGAUCCGACAAAACUUCCCGGGCGCCCGUUGGCACAAGUUGGGGUUGUCUCUUCCACUUCACCCAGAUAAUACUAAAAAGCAUGGGUGGGAAAUAGAUUGACUAUGGCAUGGAUGGUGUUCUCAUGCUGCUGAAGGACAGGAAAUGUGAUUAUAUUGUAGCUUCCGUCAGCUGGCAGACUGGGAGUUCUCUGACUUAGGGCACAAGUGAUCUACAAGAUGCACAAGAAUCACAAAUCUGUCUAUUGAAUCACCUGCUCCCCCAAGCACUCUUUGAGAUAAUUUCAACUGUAGAAACAAAUCCAAUUAUUCAAAAUUCGUGGAAUUGGUAUUUGCCUUUUUAGUGGAAGUCGAAGCUUCUUCAUGUCUUCAUUUUGAAGGACCCAACUGUAAGCUAGAAAUGUGUAGAAUAACUCAGAAAGAGUAGUUUUCAUAAUCUUAUCAAUAUUUUCAAUCUUUCAUGAACUGGUGGAUCGAGUUAUUUUAAGGCGUUUGUCAAAAGUUUUGUAAAAUGAAGUGUUAGUGAAUAAUUUUUAUGUAUACAGAUAUAUUUUGAGACAAGGAAAGUAGUGGUUGCCAA